GCCACAGGCCGGAGGUGUCUUAAGCUUCAAUCCACAGCCCGCGCGCGCCCUUGCUUGCUUCGAACCUACUUGAUCGCUGCCUCACCUCACUCACUCACUCACCGAGCUCUCCCUCCCUCUCGCCUGAGUGACCCUGCCGUUCUUGACACGCACGCUUCCCCGCAUAUAUAACCACCACCCGGCAGCGAUCGGCAGGAAGCAACCGUCGGUCAGUUAUUACAACGAUCAAUCGGUGUCGCCUCGUCGGAGUAGCUACGAGACCGGCCAGCAGCUCCUCGUUAGGUUGCCGCCUCGUCGGAGGAAAACCAAUGGGACGUCUGUCUAGCGGCGUGCAGCAGCAGCCCAAGCUCCGCAAGGGGCUGUGGUCGCCGGAGGAGGACGAGAAGCUGUACAACCACAUCAUCCGCCACGGCGUCGGCUGCUGGAGCUCCGUGCCCAGGCUGGCCGGGCUGCACCGCUGCGGCAAGAGCUGCCGCCUGCGCUGGAUCAACUACCUCCGCCCCGACCUCAAGCGCGGCAGCUUCUCGGCGCAGGAGGAGGACCACAUCGUCGCGCUCCACGAGAUACUAGGCAACAGGUGGUCGCAGAUCGCGUCGCAUUUGCCGGGACGGACAGACAACGAGAUCAAGAACUUCUGGAACAGCUGCGUCAAGAAGAAGCUCCGGCAGCAGGGCAUCGACCCCGCCACGCACAAGCCCAUCGCCCUCGACAUCGGGGCACUGCCGGACACCACCGAAGACGAAGACCACAAGCCGCUCGUUGCCGCGGACGGCCCAGCAGUUCUGAAGCAGUCGGCGCUGUUCGACCCGUUUCCGGUGUGCGCCGACUUCGACGCCGGGUUCGGAGCCGACGGCCUCGGCGCGGCGAACGUUGCCGCAUUGUACGGUCAGUUCAUCGGCGGUGCCAAGGAUGACGACGCCGGGUUCGGCGCCGCCGACUACAGCAGCGUGCUGGACGUGUCGGAGAACCUGGGGUACGGCGGGGAGAGCUCCAGCAACAGCAGCAACUGGAACGAGGUGGGCAGCGUGCUGGACGCCGGCGACGCGCUGCACUGGGCCAAGACGGAGCCCUUCGCGGAGAUGGAUCAGCUGCAGCAGCACAGCGGGUACGGAGGAGGAUCGCUGCCCAAUUUCGAUUUCAACUUGGAGUAUUUCUGAUCUCUUCUUUUUUUCCCCUAAAUUUAAUUUUACCUUAUUAAGUCACCCCGAUUCCCGCAUAUGCUUAUUACACGGCAGGACAGUGACAGUACAGAACCAUUCAAAAGGUUAAUUAUAUAGAGGAUGUAUGUAAUACAACUAUACUGUACGUAGAUUAUGUGAAUUUUCUAAGACAAGAAGAUACAGUACGAUCAAACGCGACCGUUAUGUACUUGUAAAACACUUGUAAGAAAUAAAGAUUUUGCACUUCGCAUUA